AUGGAUGCUCUGCUGCCUGAAGACGUUCUGGCGGAGGUCCUAGGCCGCCUCUCGCCGCGGAGCCUUGCGGCGUUACGCUGCGUCUGCAAGGGCCUGCGAGAUAUCGUCGACGACCGCCGUCUGCUGCGAGCGGACCUCCUUCCUCACUCGCUAGGCGGGAUCUUCAUCAACUUCAACGCUCUGGAAGUCUCCGAAUUCUUCUAUCCCUUGGUCGGCCCAGCUGCAAACUCCGGCAACCUCACGUCACGCGUCGAUGACCACUGCAACGGCCUCGUCUUGCUCGACGACGGCUGCGUGGUUAACCCCGCCACGCGACAAUGGGCACGCCUGCCGCCCCUGCCCACACUACGCGCAAACCAAAUGAGGGCCGCCUUCUACAAAGCCGGGGUCAGGUAUCUCGCCUUCGACCCCAGCGUCGCCCCUCACUACGAGGUUUUCUUGAUCCCCCAUAUCCCCCACAAGACCGAGUUAGGCCCAGUAUCGGAGGGCUAUGAUGUUUACAUGGGCAUUAAGAAGUUUAUCGAAGGGUCUUUUCCUUUCACGCCUUGCUGGAUGGGAGAAUUAUCCGAGAAAGGGUUGACUUAG